AUGAUUCGCUGUUUGUGCUGCGAAACCAAAAUACGGACAGCACAAUUUUUCGGCCCCCAGGACGGAAGGACAAACAAAUGUCACUCCCCCGCCCCCACCCCCUCCGGGAUCACGCGUCACAGAGCUUCCUCUAACCCCGGCUUUUUGCUGCAGGGGAAAGGCGAGGGCAAAAAUAAAGUCGCCCGCACCCCGGAUCCGACGAUAUGUGUGGACCUGAGUUACAGCGAGGAAGAUGAAGUCACUUCUCAGUCGGCCUCGAAGACGACCACCUCGGCCAAAGCCACGCCUCGAAACGUGGCCUGGGACGGUAACGCCUUCCCGGAAGUGUUUCAGCCGCCUCCAUCCAACAAAAUGCAGUCGUUGGAACCCAUGGAUUUCCUCCAAGACAACUGUCCAUCCUUCGAUCUCACGGAAACUGGGUACGAUUGGAAAGCCUGCAUGGCCGCCAUCAACAGUACAAUUCGUAGCCUCCGACAUGACCGCAAGAAGGCCACAACCGGAUUCAGAAGGAAAGUUGUACUUACCGCCAGUAACGACAAGAGCCCUCCCCGGAGCCCUUCCUUGGGAAAACCGCAGGAGAAGGACCCCAUUCGCCUCAUGGACUAAAACACUUUUUGUUUGGUUGUCCACACCGCCUAACUCUGGUUCGUGCCAAAUAUUUCUACCCAACGGAAAGGGUAGGGACCAGUCAGGUGGGUCAACCUUAGGGGCACAGCCUGAGGUCAUUCUAAAACCAAAGCCAGGCCGCAAGCCAGAGCCCCCCUUCGCCAUGAGCA